CCCGGUUGUUUUCCGUAUUUUACGGGUAGUUUUAUUUCAUCAUUUCACCCGCUGCAUUAUGGCGGAAAACGGAAGCGACGGCAUCGAACGAUCUUCAGCGAAGAACAACUGCAAAUCCUGGAGAGUGCAUUUCAGGGCACUCAUUAUCCAGAUGUGAUGUUGCGUGAGAAACUGGCACUUCAGUGCGACCUCAAAGAGGAACGGGUUGAGGUAACACUGUUUAAAAAGCAAUGA